UUCGCCCCGGCCCGGCUGCCGCCCCCUCCAUGAGCGCCGCGUUCGCCUGCAGCCGCCGCCGCCGCGGGGCGGGCGCGAUGCCACGAUGGGCCUGAUCUGGAUCCUGCUGCUCAGCCUGCUGGAGCCCGGCUGGCCCGCCGCGGGUCCCGGGGCGCGGCUGCGGCGCGAUGCGGGCGGCCGCGGCGGCGUCUACGAGCACCUCGGCGGGGCGCCCCGGCGCCGCAAGCUCUACUGCGCCACCAAGUACCACCUCCAGCUGCACCCGAGCGGCCGCGUCAACGGCAGCCUGGAAAACAGCGCCUACAGUAUCCUGGAGAUGACAGCGGUGGAGGUGGGCAUCGUGGCCAUCAAGGGGCUCUUCUCGGGGCGGUACCUGGCCAUGAACAAGAGGGGGCGGCUCUAUGCUUCGGAGAGCUACAACGCCGAGUGUGAGUUCGUGGAGCGGAUCCACGAGCUGGGCUACAACACGUACGCCUCGCGGCUGUACCGAACGGUGCCCAGCGGCCCGGGGGCGCAGCGUCAGCCCAGCGCCGAGAGACUGUGGUAUGUGUCCGUGAACGGCAAGGGCCGGCCCCGCAGGGGCUUUAAGACACGCCGCACCCAGAAGUCCUCCUUGUUCCUGCCCCGCGUGCUGGACCACAAGGACCAUGAGAUGGUGCGGCUGCUCCAGAGGGGGGCCGGGCUCCGUGGUGGCCUGCCUGGGCCCCCUGGCAAGGGCACCCAGCCCCCGCGGCGGCAGCAGAGGAAGCGGACCCGGGGAGGCCAUGCGUAG